UGAGUACCAAGAACCACUCAAAUAAUUGAAACUACACAAGCUUACAGAACACUCGGUCGAAGAAUACACAUUCAGGAAAGACCCUGGCGAGGAAUACCAGAUAUAGCAAGGGAUAGCAAAGCAAUUUCGUUGAGGAUUCGUUCAUCAAGUCUCGUUCAAAAACUGGAAGGCCAUCAACAUACAACCUACGCGAGGGAGUAGCAAUGUAUCGUCUUCUGUCCGGUCUACACGCCCAUCUCACUCGGAAGGAAGAGUUUAACGUCAUCAUCCUUGGACUAGAUCAUGCUGGAAAAACUACCAUGUUAGAGAAAGUGAAGACUAUUUUCUCUCCUUCUCAACCAGGACUAAAUCCGUCCCAGAUCGCGCCGACGGUCGGCCAAAACAUAGGUCGAAUCACGCUCUCAUCCACGUAUCUAAAGUUCUGGGACUUGGGGGGUUCGAAGGACAUCCGAUCGAUAUGGGAGAAGUAUUACGAAGAAGCAGAUGCGAUAUGUUGGGUGUUAGAUAGUCAGGACCGAUUUCGGAACGGAUGGAAAUCGGAUGGAAAUUCUCGGAGCAGCCACGAGGCCAGUGGUGGAUCUGGUACCGAUGCGAAGGGGAAGGGCAAAGCAAAAGCGAUCAACGAGACAUCCGCUGGAUCAGAACGAGGGGAAGGAUGGGCCGAGCUCCAGAAAGUCCUCCAACACCCUUCCAUCGCUCAUUCCAACAUCCCCGUCCUCGUCAUCGCUAAUAAACAAGACCGUGAACCUCACCAACACGCUGGAAAACCCUCCUCAGCUUACGAUCCUCCUCUAGACUCUUCCACCUCUCCGCCCGAAAUCGAUCUCGAGGAUCAAGUUCAUCAGCAGCAGGAACCAAUGACCGUCCAUGAAAUUAAGGAAAUGUUUAAUCGGUUGGUCAUGGAAUCGGAUCGAUCCGAAAAAGCGAGAUCGUUAGGUCUGAGUGAAGCUCAUGUUCUCGGAGUUUCCGCCAUAACUGGUCAAGGGAUCAGAGAAGCCAUAAACUGGUUAUUUUUCAGAGUAGCAACCAAAGGUCAAUCCCGAAGAACUCAACAACUCAAGACUCAAGACUCACUACUCAAACAACAACAACAAGAACAACAGCGAUCUAAUCCUUAUCUUCAACAUUCCUCUCACGAUCAUCAUAAACCUAUUGUCAAUCAUAAACGUGAACCUUCUUUGAAAAAUAAUUUUAUCAAAUUGGCUGACUUGAGUAAAUUUAAUAUUUCAAAUUCUUCUACUUAA